AAUAUUAUAUAAUAUAGUCAUGAAGAUGAGGCGGGAGAGUGAUCCUGGCUGGUCUCUCUCUAUAUAUAUCUCUCUCUCCUCAAAGUCCCUGUAACUUUAAACCGGGCUUGAGAUCAGAUCUGUGCUUCUGCUGGGAGGGUCCAGAGAGGAGUCCGGCCGGCCGGCCGUCCAGGGCGGGACGGGACGGCCUUCUUCUGAUGUUUUUUGGACCGCAUCACCGGGCCCACCCCUGGAAGCAAAAUCCGCUGAGCCCGCUCUCUCUCCGCGACUUGACUUGCUUUGGAGACCGAAGAGCAAGAUGUGGAGCCAGACUUUCCUCCUGGCCGUCCUCCUUGGGACCUCGUGGCUUUGUGCUUCGGCCCAGGAAGCCAGCACCCCGGUGGCCCUGGAGGACGAAGCCCUGACCGCGGCCGGAGAGACCGACGGGGCAGCCGUGUCCGAAGGCCCCACCGAGGAACUGACCCCCGACACUCCGCCGUCCACCCAAGACGCCACCGAGCCGGACCUCCCGGACACCUCGGACGACGGCUUGGAGACGGCGACGCUGGUGGGCAUCAUCGUGGGCAUCAUCGCGGCCAUCGGCGUGGCCACGGCGGUCAUCGUGGCGGUGGUCAAGCGGACGUCCGGCCGAUACUCCUAAGCCCUUUGGCAUCCGAGACGGAUGAGUCCCGAAAACGGGGAAAGCAAUUGAGAUUCUGUUUUCUCGUCGGCUAAGACGGUCUGUGGAAACGGAGCUGAGCCCUCGAGACGCCGAGAACGGAGCCUGAACAUGGGAUUUCCCCCACCUGCAAUGGAGUAUUAUUAUUAUUUUUAUUAUUAUUAUCAUUAUGUGGGGCAACGAGUAGCCAAGGAAAUAAAUGCCAAACCAAAGGAGAACAAGACAAGCUCUUCAGCGCGAAGCAAAGUCUAUGGAUAACUGAUUGCCUUCGGUGAAAUUUUGUUGAUUGAUUGCUGUACUUGGAAGGACUACAUAUGUCCAUUUGAAGAGGGCUUUCCCAGUGAAACCAUUACGUCCAGCAGAAAGACAUUCAUAUCCAUAAGUUGGCAGCUUAUCUAUGGUCAUUAAACAUGAAUUUGCACUCUC